CUCUGCUCUGGGAAGAUACUUCAGAAGAAAACCCUAAAUUGAAGACCCCUGGAUUUGAAAAAUCGUAGUUUAUACAAGCUAUGGAAGCACCGGCACCACAUUGUGAGUUGUUAAAUGCUGCUUAUAAGGGGGAACUUAAUCGCUUCAAGAGGUCGGCUUUGAAUCAUGCUAAAGGUGAAGGGAUUGGAGUAAAAGAAGCGAUUGAGAAGCUUAAACUUGAAGAUGGAAGAGGAUGUCUUCAUUUUGCUGCUGCAGGAGGAAGUUUACAAGUUUGCAAAUACUUGCUUGAGAAAUUGAAACUUGAUGUGGAUUCCAGAGAUGGUGAAGGUUCCACACCCUUGUAUCAUGCAUGUGCUGAAGGGCAUUUUGACAUGGUUAGAUAUCUUCUUGAAAAGGGUGCCAACCCUGAUGCGUCAAAUGAUACGAAUCGCACUCCAUUACAUCAAGCUGCUAAGUCAGGUGAUGCAAGGAUAAUAACCUUGUUACUUUCAAGGGGUGUUCGCGUAGAUGUUGUAAGUAACUCAGGCAAUGCCCUUCAGUUUGCUGCUGCUCUUGGUCAUCCAGAUGCGGUUAAACUGUUGUUGGAUCAUGGUGCAGAUCCUAAUUGUGAUAAUAGUCAGGGUAUGCUCAGACCACUAUUUGCGGCAAUGUUUACCAAGUCAGGGGAGUGCAUCGGUUCAUUAAAAGAAGAGAAAAAAAAGGAAUGCAUGGAACUUUUACUACAGGCAGGAGCUGACCCAAAUGUUCCAUCAUAUGGAAAGACACCUCUGAUAUUUGCAGCAAUGGAAGGAAGCGUAGAAGAAAUUACACGCUUACUGGAAGCUGGUGCGGAUCCAAAUUAUAAAUCGAAUGAAGGGAUGACAGCAUUGGAAGUUGCCGCUAUCGACUGCAAUUAUCAAAUUGUUGGGAUUCUUUUUCCUGUGACGUCUCGCAUUCCAACUUAUCCUGAUUGGAGCAUCCCCGGACUAAUGAGGCACGUGAAUUCUGAUGCAAAUAAAGUGCAGAGGGAUGUCCAUAAGAAGGAGAAAUUUAACCAGGCAAAAUCAAAAGGAAGAGAUGCAUUUCAGGGAGAGAAAUAUCUUACGGCAGCAAUCUGGCUCAGAGAGGCCCACAUCAGUUUCCCAGAAGAUGCAGCUAUAUUGUCCAACAUGAGUGCCUGUUAUGCACGCCUGGGUGACGGAAUCAAUGCACUUGACUUUGCCACUAAAUGCAUCUGUGAAAGGCCUGAAUGGCCUAAAGCGUACUAUAGGAAAGGUGUCGCGCUCAAUAUACAGAAAAGGUACGAUGAUGCAGCAGAUGCCUUUCUUGAGGGUUUGACGCUCGAUCCAGGAAACAAAGAGCUUAAAGAUGCAUACAUGGAAGCUACUGAAGCCAGAUUGAACUCUCUCCAAGUGUAGGAAGAUAAUGCUGAGUGUUGUGGAGAUGAAUGCAUUAAAAUGGCGAGAAGAUAUUCACAUGUGAACAAAUCAAUCCCAAAUAUGAUCUGUUGAAGUUUUAUAUCAUUUAAAUUUUGAAAAGUCAUUUUUGUAUUUUUGUAUAAAUACGUGGUGGGCAUUUAGAUGUAGGUUAUGAAAUCUUUGAGUGUGGAGGAAACCUUGUAACUUUUGAUGUGCAAGUCUGGUUGGUACUAAUAUCAGUUCGCAUUGCUCUAUUGUGCUGGCUG